ACGGGGGCCGGUGACGCGCCGCGUUUCCGAACACUCACUACGGUCAACCCAAAAGCGCCGGUCACCCCCUCCCCACCCCCCGUGUUUCGGAACCCCGAUCCGUUCCCUUCUUGGGACACCGUUAAAGACGAUCGUGCGCGACCAUUGUUACCGCCGCGAACCGUCGCCGACGGUCGAAUCAUCUGCGCGAGUGGCAAACGAAACCCGUCCCGUUGCACGGCCGACAUCGCCGCGCUGUGCGCGAGUGCCGGACGGAUGAUCACCUCGAGGUGGCCAACUGCCAACUCGGUCAUCGCCGUGCCUACGUUCCGAGAAUCACCGGGCCCAGUGCACAAGCUACGCUCCCUGCGUAGCCGCGUUCCGCGCCGUCCGCGACACCUCUGAUGUUCUGCGGCCGAAACGGCAACCGUCCGUGCGGUUUACGACGCCGAAACGUCUCGGUUCGCCUGCGGGUCGCAGCCGCCACCGCUGACCGAUGACUGCCACAAGGACCGCCACUAGUCACUACCCGGAACGACUGCCACCGCCGUUCCCGCCGGACGCCUACACGGGCUACGUAUGCCGCGCCGUCCCCAAACUCAACACUCCUAAGCUGUCUACGUCGGUUCCCGCCGCGUAUUGUUUUACCGUAAACUCUUCGGAGUACCGGGCGAAUUAUAAUUUGUAUUUCAUAUUGUACACAAUAUUAUGUAUUACCUUCGUGCGUCUAUUUGCUGUUCUGAUAAUAGUUAACGAAAUUCAUUUUACCACCUUGGAAUAACCUGAAAACGUCAGUCCGUACGGGCAUCGUUGUUGUUUUUUAUGUGUACAAGUAUAAAAGAAUUCGUUUGUUAUUAUUGUGCAUUCGCAAGACAGCACGCUGUAAUUUUGCGAGGAAUCAUGCCAAAUUUUAAAGAUGGCUAAUAAAAAAAUAGUUUACAAUUUUCGCUAUUACAUAUUUUAUUCCCAUUUUAUCUAUAACAAUAAUUUAUUUAUCUAUUUAUUUAUUUAUUUAUUUAUUUUUUUUUUUUUUUAAUAUUUAUUUCGGCAGAAGAAAAGUAUUCGGUAAACAUAUUAUUCAAACAUCCGAAAUCCAACUGCUAUCACUAGUAAAUGCAACAUAUUAUAACUUGGGUGAAUGACUGCAGCACUAUUUCCUAUUGCUAUACACAGAGAGACUAGACUAUAAUUUAGUGCACCCUGUAGAGAUGACAUAAAAUGCUACGUGGACGAAGUAACAGCUAGUACCUCUACCUAUCAUAUAUUAUUAAACUCGUUCAAUUCAAAUAUAUUGUUUAAUUUUAAUAUGAUGUAAUAUUAUUUAAAUAUGAAUAUUCAUAAGUCUUCACUAUAAAGGUCACAAAAGUUUUCGAUUUAAUUUUCGCUUCGUUAAAAUAUACUAUUGAACAUUAUGAUAAUUACGUUUUCAGGAGUAUAAUUUUUGUUCAUUUGGUAUAAGUUUAAAGUUUAAACUCGGACUCGAUUUUUUAAAUUCCCCAAUUUAUACCUACGCGUUAAAAAUAUAUCAAAAUAAACGAAGACAUCCUUGUUUUAAUCAUAAGUUAUAAAUGCGUCUUCGUUUUAGUAAAUAAUUAUUUCAGAUGUCUACAAAACUCGAUAAAUAAAAAAAAAAAACUCCUACUACCGUUCAAAGAGUUUUAGGAAAAAGGUUAUCUGUACAAUUUUUUUUUUUCAGCGUUUACCGAGGAUGUUUAAUCAUCAUGAUUGCUAAAGUAAAUGGUUACCAGAAAUAUUGACAAUUUAGAAAAAUUAUAUUACAAUUACGGUUUGGAAUUGAUAUCAUUGUGUAUUAUUUGUUUUCAUUUCUGUAUUUUAUUCCGCAAUGGUAUCGAAACCUUAUCCAUAAGAACAGAAAUAAAUCCGUGCAAAACAAAACAGGAUAAGCCAGUUGCUCGAAUUGGCUUCUAUUUUAUGAUCCAAGAAGGUCAAGCGAAAAAACUGUUGACAGUUCGGGAUACAGAGGUUACACAAAGUUGUCAUGGUAAAUUUUGAAAUUUUUUUAAUUAUGCUUAGGUAUUAAAAGAUCCUAAAACAACUGGUAAAAAAAAAAAAGUAAGAAAACUUUUGUGUAUACUAUAAUAUUCUUUAUUAUAUAAACAUAAUCAUGUAACACUCAGUGCCCAAAACAAUAACUGGAAAGUAAUUUUAGUUGGGAGGGAGGGUGUACCCAAAACCGGCCCUAGGGUACGGCCUUAUCAAUGCCUAAUGUUCAAACAUAAUCAUAGCCAUCAUACCCCGUUAGGCAUAUCGUUAUGAAAUGAUAACAUGUAACUACUAGUCCUAAGCAAUGAUAUAUCAUUUUCUGAUUGUCGAUAUUUCCGGGAACAUUUUUAAUUUUAAGGCUACACAAAUAUAAUAUUUAAUACAGACUAUAUAAAUUGUGCAUAAUUUAUUAUAGACUUGUAUAUAAGCCUAUAAUAAUCAUAAUACUAGUACAUUAAAAAUAAUAAACAAAAUUCUGAAUUCGUUUUUUUUUUUUUUUUUAUAUAUAUAUACGUAUUUCCUAAAAAAUUAAAUAUCAUUUAUUUUGCGCUCUCUCUGCGGGGUAGUAAGAAUAAUAUCAUUAUCAUGAAAUUAAAUCUCUUUAUAAUCAUUAUUAUUAUAUUGUAUUAUUAUUCUUGAGUAAUAUUUUUAUCGCAUGUGUCUAAUAUGUUUGUUAUAAUAACAACCGUUGAGUUUUGUUUAUUCACAGUUGAAUCAUUUACUGCACAACGAUAUUUUAUUAUUUAAAUGUUUCGAUAUAGAAAACUUAAAGUUUAGGUACUUUUGAAAAAAAUAAUACAUUUAAAGAAAUAACGAAAAAAAAACCAAUUUUAAACUUUUUAAAUUAGUUUUAAAAUAAACAGAUAUUGGUAUUAGAACGAUAUUAUAUUUUUGUAAGAUAAUUUUAUUCCUUUUUUUUUACACAUAGGAAAAGGAUGUUAUCAUUGUUUAUCGUAUACAGUCUCUCGUGAAUUAUCUUUAGUUGAAAACUUAUUGUUACAAUAAGAGAAACUUUUAUUUGUAAUUUCAAUACAAUACAGUUAAAAAAAAAAAAGAAAAGAUAUUACGAUAAAUAGAUCGGAUAGGAUGGAUGUAAAAAAUGGUAGUUUCGAAAUGUUGUAAUUUUUCGAAUUAAUUAUUAUUUAGCUCCAAGAAUUAUUAUUUUUAUUUAUUAAAGGAAAGAGUUGUUCAAAAGUUUGUAUAUAACUUUUCUAUCGAUUGGAAAUUAUAAACAUGUGGUACAAGUUAUUUGUGUAAUUUCCCAGUAGGUUUCGAGAAAAUUGAAAAACUAUUGAAAACCCGAAGAAGAAAUAAACAGAAAAAGAAAAAUGUAAUGGCAUUUAUGCAAAACCGUUUUGAACUUCUUAUAAUGCGCUCAAAUUAUUUUAUUGUAACUCAAAAUAAAUUCCUUAAAAAAUAUAUAUAAACCUAUAAAUUAAUUUAUUAUUAAUUCUUAAUUUUAAUUAUGUUUUCAAUAUUAUGUCAUAUUAGUGUUUUUGUUUUUUUUUGAAAAAAAAUUGUCUAAAAAAUGCACUGACGAUAUUGAUGGCGAAAAAAGUUAAUGAAAUGUCAUCGGAUCACGUUCUCAGUUUUAUUAUAACAUACUCUCGGAGUAUCAUUAUUCGAUUCUGAGAGGAGGGAGGAAUAUAUUGAUUUUAAACUGAUAUUUAUUUACUUAUUAUCCGUGAACACUCUCUACCAGCAAUUUCGCUCUGAUUUACAAUUAUGACACUUUUUCUAAAAGUAAUUCUGACUGUGAAGAUACUUUAAGAGUGUCAUUUUUUAGUUUUCCCAGGAUUUUUCCAAAUAAAUUGGAAAAACGGAGGAAAACAGAAAAAUGUGUAUAAUAUUAAACAAGUAUUACUGAAGAAAAUGUUUAAUACAUAUGUAGGCAAUUAUUUUACCAUAAUAAGAAAUAUAUAUUGUUGUCAAAGCAACACUGUCAACCGAACUCCGGUUAGAAUCGUUUUUCGUUAGCAAUGGUUAAUCGCCGCGUACUGAUAUACAAUAAAUUUACCUUCUAGCUACCUAAUUUCUCACUUUCAACGACGGUGCGAAGUGUGGCCGGAUUUUUUUUUUUUUUUUAUUUCCUUAUGCUGGCCACCUCGUUACGUCUUGUAGCGGUGCCCCUACUAUUCUCUCCGUGUUUUCGAAAAAUGCACGUCUCAUUGAACAACUCGUGUGUUUAUGCGGCGGCCACGACACUAACGAGACCAGUUAAGUGGACACUUGAACUUGCCAGAGUAUAAAAAUAAGGAGUUGCAGAUUUUCGAGAGAGAGUGUGCGAGAGAGAGAGAGAGAGAAGAAAGCACAAACCGAAACCCUUUGUAAUUAGUAAAUAAUUUAUACACAUCGCGUAUACGAGUAUAGAAAACAACUAGGUAAGUAUUAUGCGUAUACAUAUACCUAUAUAAUGUACUCUUCGGCAUUUGAAUAAACACGUCAUACUAUCACCCCUAUCUCGAGGGGUGGAAAUAAUGAUAAUAAUAAUAAUAAUAAUAGCCAUGUAUAUAUAUAGCCCUACCGCACAUUAUUGUGUCACGAUUUUAACGUCAUAAUAUAAUGAUAAAAAUACGAUGGUAGUAAAAAAAAUUCAACGACGGGAACGUGCCGAACAAGACCGUCGCCGGCCACGAGUGCGGGAGAACUAUACGCGCGUAAUUCGGAGGGGAACAGAAAAAAAAUGUUAUCCUCGUUAGGUCGAGUGGUCGUGGAAAAAAACCUUAUUGUCCGUUAAUACUGUUAAUGAUUGUGCGAUUGUCCGCUUCGAGUGGAGGACUGCGAAUUACUCUUACGGUCGGUGUUUUUACAAAACUCAACCGUCCGAAUGUUGCGAAGAAAAAUGUAAAAAAACUAUACUAUAGCCGCAUAUUAUACAUUAAUCGUCAAUCAUUGGCAAGGCAGAGAAUAUUAUAAUAUUAUAUCGUAUCAAAAAGGAAUGCACGCGGUUAUGACCUAAAUGUUACCGAAAGCAUGGCCUAAAAAUAAUUUCUUGAAAAAAAAAACCAGGAGUUCGUGAUAAAAUUGAAAACUCAGAAAUAAUUAGUCGUUUGAGUGAAGUUGUUAUUUUUUUUUUCUAAAACUCGGGUACUACAAUGCUAUCAGAAACCAUUCUUUUAAGUAAACUAGAAAUAAAUCUAAAAUUUUAGAAAUUUCAAAAAUAAUAUGCCCUAAAAAAAAAAAAACCAAAAUGCAAAUUCAAUUUUAUUUAGGUACAGAAUUGUUAGGUCUUGACUCAUGAAACGCAUUUUGGUAUAGACUAUAAGUAGUUAUUAUUCGGAUCCACCAAUACAAAUAUACAAUUACAUAUAUUGUGGUGAUAAUACAUCAAAUAUAAUUUGUUCUUAAUUUGCGAGUGUUUCUGUAUAAAAAAAUAAAAAUUGCAAAAACCAUAUAAAUGCGUGCAACGUAUAAAAUGAUGUGUUUUUACAAUCGAAACUGAUCAAUCUAUAAAAUAAACCAAACAAGCCAUAUAAUAUCAUUACUUUUUGCAAAAUUUACGUUUUGAUGAUUUCUGAUUUCAUAUAUUAUUCUUUAAUUUUUCUGUGCAACAGCGAGACAAAUCCGAUUAUCCGUAUGGAUAUUUUUACAACGUGAAGAAUGCUGGACAAUUUAGGUCAAAAGAUAAGCUAAAUCCGUCGUGAUACUAACGGAUGUCUCAAAAAAAAAACAUGUAACUUAGAAAAAUUAGGUUACAAACAGCUCGCAUUGCUGGAGAAAAGGUAAAAAUCAAAUCGGAUAAAACAGCGUAGUAUUUACCACGUUUCAUAAAUGCAGCUAAAUUAAUUUUAAAAUAGAUUUAUUUUGAUAUUCUCAAUAUGUUAAAAACGUUUUUUAACAUUUGUUUUCCGAAAAGUUAUUACAAAUGGGACUGUCCGUCUUCUGAUAUUGUCAAAUUGUUAAAUAAAUAAAUCGUCGGUAACGACACACUUGCUACCUGAGAUAUCGGAAACUAUCGAAAAUCGUUUCCAAUCGAACGUUUAACUAGACGUAGAAUGUCAAUAAGAUUGUUUUUUGUGAUGAAAAAGGAACCGAAUUUUCAACACCGAACAUGAAAAAAAAGGAAUAUGUAACGUGUUGUGUUUAGUUUUUCGAUAACGCGACAAUAGUAAUAUACUAUCGUUUUAAAAUCUGAUAAUUUAAUUUUAAUAUCAGUCAGACAUACACGCAAGACACAAAAUUGCUGGUACAUAUAUUAUGCGAUACAGAAUUCGGAUAUUUUAUCGAGUCAAAAAAUUUGUAUUAUUUUGUUAAAAAAGUAUUGUUUUAGUUGAGUCAUUGGACGUAGGUAACUCCUACGACGCCGGGUGGUCCUGCGCGUUACGAUACAAAAUAUUUAAAAUGAUUGCCUCACGCAGUGUUCGGUUUUGUCGAGAGUUAAAAUUAGGCACUCUGAAAAAUAAAAAACGAACAAAGUUGAUUUUAUUAAUUUUUAAUUUUAGAAAAUAUUAAAUUUUGAAUAUCGAUUCCGCAACGAGUUUUUAUAGGUUUGGUUUUCAUUUGUACAUCUACCGUCACAGUUUGCGGAUCGCUAUAAAAACGCAUGUAAACCGUUUACCAUAAAACAUUUAGGGCAGGAAACAGAUUUAUUAUAUUAUUGUACGCAAUAUGAUGUUAUUCAAAUAAUAAACAUUUGUAGCAUACCAUUGUUUACAAUAGAUUCUUAAAUUUUAUGUUAUGAAUGUAGCGAAGAAGGUAUUAGUUUUACUAUGAUAUGUUUUUUUCCUCGGAAAUUUGUUCGUGUCAUAUCUUCAAAGAUAAUCAUUUUUUUCUCGACAUUACUUCGUUUGAAACAUUUAUCGAAAUUCCUAAUACUUUUUACCAAACAAUUGUUUAUGUUCCGUUUUUUUUUAAAAAAAGAUCAUUUUUUAGUAAGGCCAAUGCACAAAUUUGUUCUCGCAGUACUCCAAAAGAGGCGGAUUUUUUGCCCGGCGGUACUUUACAUGAAACAUUUAUCAAACUGUUAAAUUAUUCACCCACUGGGACUUUUUUUUGUCUCGAAAUGUACUUUUUCGGCUAGUAAGAAGGUUUUCAAUAACGAUUAUUCGCUUUUUACAGGCGGAUUUUUCAUCCGGUAGUACUUAAUUUGAAGACUCCCCGCAUUUUCCCUACACAUUUUAAAAAAACUAACAACAAAUGUCGAUAUAUCAGUGUAAUUUUUGUAAAUUUCUGAGUUCCCUUGGCUAUGACAUGAAAAAAAAAACUAUAAUACCAUUGUUAAAAAUGAUUUGUUGUUUAACACAAUACAGGGUGAUUCUUUUAUCAUUGAACACAUAUUAUUUCGCAAAGUAUAGACUUAAAAAAAAAAAAAAAACAAUUUUUGACAAUUUAAUAAAUAAGUAGAUCUAAAAUUUUACAUCACUAUUAUUUUUUUGUCAACCUUAUAUGUUGGUGGUGAAACGACUACAAACUUGAUUUUCAAAUGGUAACCUAACUAUAUGUUAAAACUUUAUUUAUAGAUAGACUAGGUAUUGGUUUAAAUACAUUUUGGUGUUAAAAUUAUUGUUUUCCGUCAACCUGUUCACGAGAUAUUUUAUUUUUAUGUUUGGGUAGGAGAAAAGUAGAGGAGUGUUAUCUGUGUGGCAGCAUGGCACACGGCAUUUGAAUAGUGUUUCAUUACUCUCCCAGUUUCCCCUAAUUAAACUUAAAAGUGUAAUAUCUCAUGAACGGGUUGAUGAAAAUCAUAAAUUUUAAUAUCAACAAUUAUUAAAAAUAAUACUCUAUCUAUCAAAAAUCAAUAUUUGGUAGUCGUUUCCCCCCCCCCCCCCCCUAAUAAAGGAUGACAAAAAAUAAUAGUGACGUAACAUUUUAGAUAUGCUAAUUUCUUAAAUUGGUAAAACAUGUAUAUACCCUAUAAAACCCUGCAUAUAGAAUAUAUUAUCUUGUGUAUUCUACCUUCUCAUCUAACCACCUAAAAAAUAAAAAAAUAAAACCAAAUACAAUUAUAAAACUCGAAAACUCUAAAUGGCUAUAAACUGCUCAACAAUUAACAGUGUUUUGAAAAUUUGACCACGUAUAGAAAGUUUACUGUCUUUAAGUAUUAGAGUACAUGCCUGAUCUCGACGUUUAUUGUUAACUAAAUUACAAUAAAAAGUUAAAUAAAAAAUAACACGAUUCGUUAUUGUUUUUAAGUAUUUCUAUUUUUUCCCAGUUUUCUUUAAUUAUUAAGAAGACUACAAGAAAUAUAAACAAAUUGUCCCCUCGAUACAUUAGAUCAGCGGCUCUUAAACUACGGUACGUGGUAGGAAAUACGGCGAUACUCAGAAGGUCGAACGACAGUAGUAUGGAAAAUUGAUGUGUAUGUGUGAAUGAAUGUGUAGUGUGUACAAAUGUUAGAAAACUACAGAUACAAUUUAUUGCUAGAAACCGCCCUCUGAAAUCGAUGAUCGAAGCAAUAUUUCCGGUAUAAUAGAUUUAAACAAACAGAAGAAAUAAAUAAUAAAAACACGUCUCGUAGUAAAACAAAUUCCUUUUGGAUCUAAAAAAAAAAAAACGGUCAUCGAUUCGGACCUACAAAAGCAAAAACCGAAAUAUAGGACGUCGGCUUUUACGUAACCUACUCGUAGAAUGUUCAUGAAUACAAAAGUAUGGUACCCGUACGCGUAUAUACAGACUGUUUCCGAGCCAAAACCGAGACGUAACCUAUAAUUAUUGGUGUUCAGACGAGUUAGGAGAUUUAAGGGAUUUACAAAACGGAACGUGCUUGGUCCAAAUCCAAUACCUACACACUGCUUCAAGGAAGUCGGUGUCCUAUGUGUAAAUCUAAUACCUAUAAUCGAUGAAAAAUCACGACGGACUGCGACCUUUCGGACCGGACCGUCUGCAAUUACGCUACCCGAACGCCCAGCGUAAUUGAUUCCCUUGUCGAUUGUCGAUUAUUUUUACGGUUAGUGCGCCGCCACAGAUUGCUGCCGUUUUGGUUUUUAACAAAAUAAUACACAUAAUACCAGUAUGCAUUUUGAUUGUGCGCAUAAUAGGUACAUAUAAGUAUAAUAUUACAUUUGCGCGUAUAUGGUAUCUGAAAACGUGAUAUAAAAAUUCGGUCGUUUAUAACCCGGUGAUGGUUUACAUCGAUAUUGGUAUGUACGAAUGUAUACAUUAUAUUCUAUAUGGAAUUGCGUUUAAUGUUCCAUAAAUAUUUUUGUUACGGCUCGUUCGGCAAUCGCGUUUGCCCGAAAGAACUUAUCGUCGCUAGUAAAAUGCUGAAAUAAAUUAUACAAACAUUUGCUCGCGUUUAAUUCCGCAUUCGUUGUUCGAUUAUUACGUAUCCGUAGGUAUGUGGAAAAAAAACCGGCAUUUUAUCAAUGUUUAUUAUUAGAUUCUAAAGGUAGUCUGUAGUCUAGCAUUUUAUUGGCUUUACUAUUAUGUAUGCUUUUGUGUAUGUAUUUGUAAACCAAUCAGCAGCGUAUUUAAAGGGUGCGACGGUGGCGAUCACCCCCUCCACAUAAACAAUUUAUUUGUAUAACAAAAUAUUUGCUAUAUUUUUUAUUUAUUAAAACAAAAUUACAACAAUUUGAUUUAUUUUUAUCACUCAUUCUUUUACGUAAAUUAUUUAUAUUUCUUGAAUUUUGUCAUUAUUUCUUCCAUAUGAUAAAAAUUUAAAAUAUUUUCUGUCAUGCAAAUGCACGCCACGACCACGUCAUAUUAUCUUGGUGUUGGAAAUCACUUAUCAUAACCUUAAAAUGUCGUCGGCUGUACCUCUUUACCAGCCUUAAGAACGCUUCUUUUUAGACCUCCGAGCUCGUUUGCAGAUAGCAACAACAGUUUACAUAAGUUAUCUUCUGUGUUAGGUACUAUCGUUGAUACCUUGAUAAGUAAACGACCUUCCACAUUCUUGAUUUGUAUCGUGCGUUGACAAUCUUUGUUCUUUGGAAGUUUUCAGUGUUUUCAUUAAUGUAUUGUUUACGUAUUAUGUUACUUGAAAAAUGAAUAUUAUAUUAUUGUAAGGAAAAGAACUUUCUCUAACCAUAGCUUGCUCUUGACGUAGCUAAUAAAACUACCAAAGAAGGGUAAUGGUAUGCUUCUUGCUAAUUUUCAUGCUACACUUAACUGUUAUAAAACCCAUGUACCACCUAGCUGUCUAUCAGGGGGAGGGGAGUUCAAAGAAAUACAAUUAAUAAUUAAAAUUAAUUAAUUUGAGCCAAAUACUAGGAUUUGGAACAAAUAAUUGUAUAAAUCAUUAAAGGGGCUUGAGUCAUAUAGCUCUCCCUUAAGUGGGCCUUCGUUUGUCCUCUAUGUUAAGAUAAGUUAAAUACGCCACUGAAAUUUUACUUUCUACCAAAAGCAUUGUUCCCAUCAUCGAUAUCACGUGUGGUUUUCGGUAGAAAAUAUUAACGAAAAUCAUAAAUAUUAUGGGAUUCAAUACACGUAUAACCGAACUCCGCUACUUUUUCGUAAACAAUCGUUUAUCGUUGCUUACAGCUAUCAAUUAAAUACGUUUAUGUAUCCUACCUUCCCAACUUCCCACCUACAACAGUGGCACACCCGUCCCUAUUAUCCGUUUUUUUUUUUUUAUUUGGUCGGUGCUAUUAGUAAGAAAUUGUAUUGAAAUUCCACAGUUAUUUCGAGAUAAUAGGAAAAAAAUUAUCAAUAAAAUAUCACUAUUACGCCAGUCUUGAACAAUAUCAAUAGAACCAUUUUUGAAUAUGAAAACAGAAUCUAACAGAUCAAGUGGUAGUCCGACAACAUAUUGAUAUAUUAUUUUUAAAUUUUAAUUGCCAUAUCCUGACCCUAAGAGAGGUCCACAUUUGAAUUUUGUUUUUUUUUUUUUUUUUUUUUAUCGAUUCGUUAGUUCCCUCGACUACGUAGAAAAAAUCCACUUAAGUUAAUUAAAUAAAAAAAGUAGAAGUUAAACGGGCUAACGAAAAAAAAAUUGUAUAUAUAUAUACAAUUUCGUGGAGCAUCGUUUUAUUUCGUUUUUUCUUUUCAACUAAUUAUAUGUAAUUUUAAUUAUUUGUCGUCGCGGCGGCGGUGGUAUAAUUAGAGUACAAACCGAAAUCAACGAGUUUUAAAUAUUUGUAUAUAAAUAUUUAUCGCUUGAUAAUGUUCAGAAUGACGUUGAAAUUUUCCGGGAAAUUAUGAGGGAAAAACGAUUCGUUUAAAUACGCUGUAUUAUUGUUCAUAAGAAAAAUGUCUAUUCACAGUUUAUUUUCCGUUUGCGAUGAAGUAUUUCUAUUUUGUUUUUUUGUUUUUUUGUUUUGUUUUCAUAAGCCUGCGUUCGUCAGAACGAAAAGAAGUAAUAAUAAUAAUAAUAAGAUGCCGCGCGGCUAAAAGUCACACACCUAUAUGUAUAUAUUAUUACAUAGAUAGUAACAAACCGUUAGUGUGAAGAGCGUUUGGCGUUUGCGUCCAUUAAUUAUUCACAUUAUUAUUGUUUUAUCCAGAAUGCACUUUACGUUCGAGUGCCGGGACUGGCAGACGAAAAUGGGUUUUGUACAGAGACAAACACACUAUAUUACCUAUAUAUGUAUAUACAUACACCUACCUCUAUGUCUAUGCCUUCUAUUUAUAGGCGAGGAUGGUUCGGUACGACGAGUUUAAUACCAAUACGGUUUAGGUUUAUAAUAUUAUAUUGGUGCGCUCUGUGCAUAUGCGUACAACGUACAAUCACCAUUAUAAUAAUACGGGGUGAUUUUUUGAUUUUUUUUUUUUUACAACUAUAAAUAGUCAUACUAUAGUUAUCUGUAGUAAGACAAGAGGACGUCAAACGGCCCGUAUGUAAUUUAAGAUUUUUUUUUUUUUUUUUUUGAGAAGAGAAGAAUAAAAUUUGAACGAAUCGAAAAUUGCCACAAUCAUUUUCAAAAAAUACGUUAUUAAACACGUUAUUACGCGUCCUAUUAUCAUCUUGAUAUUAUUUAUCGUGCAAUUCGUUCAUAAUGACGUGUUCGCGUAAAACAAACAUUUUUGGAUAUAAUUUCCGGGGUGAUAUUUUAUAUUAUUAAAUAAACUUGAAUCUUUGACGGUGGUUAAUUGUAUACGAUGGCUAAUCGAUGAACGAAAAAUAACAAUUCCAACAUUAAAAUUCGGCGGCUUCGUCGCUGUCGGUAAUGGCGGACCGAAUAACCGUACUUAGGUAUCUACAGUGUGAAGUUUGAGAAUCGCGUAUUCUUGUGAUGUAGUCGUCCUAAACUUCCAAAAGAGUAGAGAUAAGUUAAUUAAUAUAUUUGCUUGAGUGUUUGGUACGGCAAAACUAUAUUCGUUGCAAACUCACACCGAAUACGUAUGAUCGGGUAAUAUCAUAAUAAUUGUAUGUAGCUGAUAACUCUUACUUAUAUACUCGUUCGGCGUAAUGUGUUAUGUGUUAUAUCAUUAGACAUGUCAUAAAUCCGAUAGUGUUAAGUGUCGUACGUAUCAAAAUGUUUAGAAAAGUAUUUUUGCGGCUAGUCGGUGUUUAAAAAUAUACGAUCAUCUGUAUUUGAAAAUCAAUAAUUGUAAAAUAUAUAGUUACCCAUACGCCCCCAUGUGUAAUCUAUUUUUAAAACAUUUUCAUUUCGUUAAUUUAAAUUUUUAGAUCUCUCGUUAAUCCAUACCGAAAUUGAAAUAUUAAGUUUAAUGAAAUCUGUUUGAGCUUUAGUAUAGUUGUACUAUUACUUUACGCGACGCACACUGGAAAAUAUUAAAUCAAUUUUUUUUUAAAACGGCUUGAUAUAAAGCAAAAUACAUUGGAAACGAUUUCGGACUCGUUUACAUAAUUAUUCUAAAGUAUGCCGGAUGUUGGUAUGCUUAUGUUGUAUCUUUGGUUCCAGGGAAGAUUAUCUCAGGUUAGUUUUAAGUCUUUUAUAUAUAUAUAUACAUGUAUAAUAUUAUCUUAUGUUAUUUGUUCCCCUUUAUGUUUUUGGUCCAAAUGUAUAUGUAUAUUCUAAGGUGUGCUAUACCUACUGAAAAUUUAAACAUCUUAAGUCACUUUGAUGUACACUCUGUUUGGAAGAAAGUUAUAAGUCAUAAAUAAUUGUAUGAUUUAAGCAAUUUAGAAUGCUAUAUUUAGGUUAGGCUAUUUGGUAAUCGAAUAGCUUAUGUAAUUCAGAAACCUCCUAAACGUCAAAAAAUCGAAAUAAAAUAUUUUAAGUUAAUUUACAAUUAGUGAAGGUAGUCGUACAGCGUACAACUGAAAUCUCACUGAAAACCAAUUCCUUAGUUUCUUUUCUAUGGCCUUAUGUACAUUUCGUCUUUACUUAGAAGUUUUCCGAAAUAAUCGAUUCAAUUAGUCUACUAUGUGAUAUAGCAAUAAUGAAAACUACGAAAUUGACUAGAGCCCUUUUUUCCCGAGACCAAAGAUAUUAUUCCAUAUUUAAGCUUUGUAUAUUUGCGGUAUUUAAAAAUUCUAUUUUAUAAAAAAUGUUAACAAAUAUUUUAACGCAUAAAGUUACGAUUUCAUUUUAUGUUUUGAUAAUUAAAUUUUCAGAUUUCAAGCCCUGUUUUUAUACACUGCACUUGUAUAUUAUUAUCUUGAAGAGAAUUUCGCUUAAAUACAUAUUAUAAUAUAGUGACAUAAAUAUAUAAUAUAUUAUGAAAUUUGCUUAUUCGAUCAUUUUCGUGUAGUGCUUAAUUCAUUGAAUUCAACGACCGUGCACAUUUCAGAAAUCAUAAAUCAUCACUAGUGAAUAUCUUUAUUUUUGUAUAAUGUAUGUAUUCGUUCAUAAAAAAAAUAAUGUAUUUUCUUUUCAUUUUUUUUUCUUAACGAAUAAUCGUUAAGAAUACAAUUCGGCCCGAGUACAGUUGUUUAAUUUUAUUAAGUUAUAAAAAAAAAUCCUUGAAUUAAUAUUUUGUCUCAAAACAUUACAAUUUUGAGAACCAAAAAAAACAUUAUAAUUUAAGGGCUGAUUUAUUAACAUCUCAUUAUACUUGAAUCGCAUAUAUUUUUUUUCAAUAUCGUUAUUACAAAUACUUUAAAAGAUAUUUUUUAUUUAUUUCAUUCAAACAAAAUUGUUUAUAAGAUUAAUUUUACUUUUAAAAGUUAAAAAAAAAAAAUUAAAAAUUAGUGUACCUAGUCUUUUAAAUACUUUUGGAUUAACAAAAAAUGAAUGGACGUACGUUUUAUCAUUUAAAAUUAUAUUAUAUUACAUUAAAAUCUCCGCUUAUACAUUACAACUUUAAUAUACCUCUUUAGUGAUAUUUCUAUAAACACGAUUUUGAAAAAACACUAAAAAUACUGUAAAGAAAUACCACUAAUACUUAAAGAAACGUAUUGUUGUUUAGUAUUGUAAUUUUAUUUUAUUAAUUUCAUUUAAUACACAUAUUCGUUUAAAAUAACUUUUGAAAUGUUUCAAUUACGGAAAAAAGCGCCGAACAAAGAAAACUCGCAAAACAAAAAUCAAGUGUAUUCAGUCAAACAAUAGUUUAAAACAAAUAUUUUUAGCUAAUGUUAAACUUAUAUUGGACCAAUAGGGGAAAAAAAUACAAAUGCCUACGACAUCUGACCUCGUAAAACUCAAAUACCAUGUAGAUAAUAUCCACGCAGGGCUAAACCGUGUUCAAAUAAUUGUAUUCGGGACCUAUGUAGUCGGUAAUAUUUUUUCUAGGACCUACUAAAUCCAAUUCACAGCGUGAUUUAUACCGGUACGAUCCCGUCAGUGUAGUAUACUGGGUUUUCUCGGCCGUAAAUCGACCAAAUAACCUGUUGCCUUUAUAUUCCUUAAUCCGUAAAUAGGAUCGUGUAAUAUGCAGGACCGGAUCCAGGACAAGAUAACGAGAGGGAAGCAUUUUGAAAAUGCAUAUAAGGUUUACACUUAUAACGAGCUCAACGAUGAAUCAAGCUAUUAGUGUAAUGAGAUUAAGAAUAUAUGAGUAAGUGAUAGGGAACGUGCUGUGGAAAUCGGUCCUCUAGAUCCGCCACUGAUAAUAUGUGUAUAUUAUAUCGACAACAAUAGCGUACCCAGCAUUUUUAUAUUGGGGAGAAGGGAUAGGUAUAAAAUUAUUCAACGUAUUUUCAGGUUGAAAUUUCAAAGAGGUAUAAUUCUUAUUGAUACUUAUUCUUUCAAUCAAUUUAUUUGAUAUUAUAAAUAAAUAAUUACACAAUUAGUACAAUAAUAUUGUAAAUGACUGAUAAGAUGGUUUUGUAAUAAAUAUUAUCUCUAAAUAUUUAUAAAAAAUACAAUAAUUACAGGAAAUUUAUAAACAGUAAAUGAAUUAUUAAAAAAAAGGGGGGAUGAUACGAUACCGUUGAAAUACAGGUGUCUACAACUAACAAGGGUGAAUUCAGAUAUACAGAAUCUUUCUUGUAUAAAUCGAGGGUAAGGUGUUUACCUCCCCAACCUCACGAAAUGCUACUUUUUACAAAUAAUAUGUGAUCUAUACAGAGUUUAACAGGACUACUUGACAUUUUUAUAUUGUAGUUAAAUGUAUAAAUAUCAAAUAGUUCAGUUACAUUCAGUAUAGUUUAAAAUCUUAAAUUUGUUUAUUUAUCACUCCCCUACUUCUCAAAAUUGUUGCCCUUUUAAGUGCCUGUAAUUUUGUGUCACAGUUUUAGGAAUAGAAUUAAUGGAUUACCUGUAAUCCUUAUUUUCAAAACCUUGCCAUAAAAUUUGGAGCACUCUGUGUUUAGUAGGUUUAAUGAUUAAAAUGGUUAAAACAAAAAACAAAAUCAUUGUUAAUCUGUUCGUUUAUGGAGCAAUAAAUUAUUAUAUAAACAUUUAAGACGGUUUUAUUUUCUUAUUUUUAUCGCAAAAAAAAAUAACCUAUAGUUUAUUAUUAUUAUUUUGAUUGCAGAUCGGCGGCCCGGAAACGGUGAAAUUCGCCGUUCCGAACAACUUGCAAAAGAGUAGGUUGACGGUAUCCUUGAAGUUAGAUCAAAGUCAUUUCAAAGACGGCCGUAAGCUUUUACUGCAGUGCACCGCUCUGAUAAACACUCUGUAUAAGCAGUCGUCGGAACUCCAGUUGCCGAUAAAAUCUACAGAACCGGUGCCCGAGAAAGGUCAGUGUAAUUUAAAUUGUGUAAUAAUUUUAUUAUUACCGUAUAAUUCUGAAUAUCGUUCGAACGAUUUCCUUGAGUCAAUUAUAAUGCUUCAAGUUGCCUGCACUGCAGUGCACAUAUUUGAUGAUUAAGUUUUUUUUAUAUACUGUUUAAUGUAUAUAUACAUGUAUUAUAUAUAAUAUAUAAUUUAAUAUAAUAUUUGAACUAAACAUAAAAAAAAAAAAAAAGUAGAGCUCUCAGUAACAAGUAUAAGUAAUACCUACAUAUUGUAUAGGUACUACAAGUAUUCCUAUUUGCUCGCACAGGUACUCGAGUUUAUAAUGUGUGAUCGAAAGCGAAUAAGAAAGAAAACCAAAACGUUGCCGAGAGUUAUAAUUCAACAAUGCGAAUACAAAUUUGAAAAAAAAAAUCAUCAUACUUAGCGUGCCAAGUGGGCCACCGUUGUUGGUAUAUAUAGAAUAGUUCAAACAAAUUUAACAAAUAUAUCUUUAAGCAAUGACGAAUCCCAUUGCGAACGAAACACGAUACUCUGCGAGUUUCAUAUUUUGUGAAUCGUAUUGAUUUUUAAAUACAAAUUUAAUUACAUUUUAACGAAUUUCAACAUGAAUUUAAACUAAAAACGCUGAUAACAAUAGAUUUUGAAAUUGUAUCCACACAAAACAAAACAAUUACAACUUUAAUUUUCACGUCAUAAAAAACUAAUAAAAAAAAAGCAGAAUAAUUUGAAAAUCGUACCUCAAAUUAAAUUUCGAAUUUAAACGCUUGUGAAAAAAAAAUGAAGCAGUUUUAUUAAUUAUAUUACUCUUAAAUACAUUUGUAUAUAUAAUAUGAAUAUUGAACAAUACACAUUGUCAACCUAGUGUACAAUUUUUGAACAUUUACGCGUGGCAAAAAAAAUUUAACAUAAAUCGAUGAAAUUCAUUUUUGGAACAUUUGCAAUUGUGGUGAUGGCUGAUGGCACUAUCGUCAUUUACGCGUAAUAUUUUUUCCAGCCCAUCUGUGUCCGAUAUUGUUUUGCAGGUUUCUCCCCUUAGCCGUUUCUCGUAGAUCGAUGACGAGCCCGAUGCUAGUUGACAAUAUUCCUAUAAACGAUUUCAGAAAGUUCUAUAAAUUAUCUUACUACGACUGCGGAGAAAUAAAGAGAUAAAUCUGAAAGAUGAUGAACCGUCGUUUGUGAAAAUAUUUAUAGCCUUGUCGAAUUGAUGUAACAUAAUAUUAGGGUUCGGACAUAUCUUAAAUGAAAGAUUAAGCUAUCGAAAGAUAUUCUAAAAAACAGUCAUAAAUGGAUUUUUUAAAAAUGUCUUUUAACGAAAUAAUACCUUUAAAAAUGACCUAAAAUAAAAGACGGCGAACAUGGAAAGUAAAAGUUUCAUUUUUGUAGUUUUUAUUUAUUUAAGCCCGAGCAGUGCGCCACGGCUCUUGAUAAAGAUGAGAUGAAAAAUUGUUUAGAAUUAAUCAACAGGAUACAUUGACAAUAUAUGAAUAAUUCUUAUAACCUAUUGAUACAAAUUGCAAAACUAUUCCAUUGAAGAAAAGUAUACGAACCUACAUAGUAAAUUAACAAACGACAUCGAGCAGUUAAUAUUUUUUUUCACUAAAGAUGCUACAUUCGAAUUACAGUGCGUUAUUACUGGUAAAAAUUUAAAACAAUAUAAUGUUUAAUCCAUAACUGUUUGUCCAUUUUUACCCGAUUAUCAUGAAAACCGCUUGGAAAAUCUUGCAAUUACGUUUUCGUUGCACCAACGAGAUCCAAAAUGUAACAUAAAUAAGUCUGUUGUCAAUAUUUGAUUGGAGCUUGAUUUCUGGUAGACAAUUUGCUGGCUAACAGAAAAAAUAAUUAAAUUAAAACGCACGGAUCAUAGUAAAACCAAUGCGUUUCCUCGCUACCUAAUCUACUUUAUCUAUACAUUUUGAAAAUGGUGAAUAGCUUUAAAAAAUAGCUCAAAGUAUGACUAAAUAUUUACUAGUCGAUUGUUCGAUAUUAAUAUUCCAUUAUUUCAUAUAUGGUAAAUAUCUUGCAAGUAUUUUCAACUGUAAAACUAUUUCAACCGUUAUAAAAAUAUAUCGUUUGAUUUACUGACACGUGGAAUAUUCUUUACGCGUACGUGCAAUUUUCAAUGUUCCCAUAAUACAAUAAAAAUGUCAAAAACUAUAUUUAAUGAAUCAUUCCAAACUGAUAUUUUAUUAAUGUAAAUCAAAUUACUGUCGUUGAUACAAUGGGUUAGAUAACAACUUUCGAGGUGUCAAAACAAUGGAAAAACUACGUGAGAAACAAAACAAAAUUCGUUUCAAUGGCAUUCAUAGUAUUUUAUUUUAGAUUCUGCGUGUAGCGAGGAAUGUAUUGGUUUUACUAAGAUGUUUAUUUUCUUUUCUUUUUAGAUUCCGAGCGUAGCAAGGGGCUAUUAGUUUUCCAAUGCUGUUUAAUUUUCUAUUGUUCUAGUCUGUGGACACGUUUUUCCCUAGAAAACUUGCUCCGAUUUUUACAUGUAACAACUUUUUUUAAAAGCUCGAGUGGUUUAGAUUGUACUCAAAAUUGGCGAAUUUUCGAUUUUUGAUGCCAUUUUUUAAAUAAAAGCACUUAAAUGAGAAAAAACGUAAAACAACGUACAAUUUCAUGAUUUCAUUAUUUUAUAGAAACACAGACGACGUUUUCUAUUAGUAAAAUUGAUUUAAUCAAAAUAUCACAAAAUUUAUUUUCUGUUGCCUUUUUGAUUUACUUUCUUACGGUAUCAUUUCCGAAAUUGUUAAGCAACGUUUGAGCUUUUAAAGAAUUUUAAUUUUUGGUAGUUAUUUUGCUGUAAUUCGGUUAUAAAAAAAACGUAGAGACUUGAAACUUGGUAAUAAUAUUUAUAUUGAACUUAUCUAGACGUAGUAAAAUUUCCAAAAUAAUCGGAUGACUUUUUUUUUUUUUUAGUAAGCGUUUUUAAAUCAAGUUUAAACGAAAAUCGCUAGAAAAAAAACACAGCACUUCAAAUUGUGUAUUAUCGAAUUGCGCUCAGAGUCAUCUUUUGUCAAGUAUUGGUUUAUCAUUGCUUACAGAUGUAAAUGAAGUAACCUUAUGUAUCCUACCUUUCCAACUUUUCACCAAGAACAGUGGCAGCUUCCAUCCCCUUGUAUCAGCUAUUUUUUAUUCUGUAUUUUUAUAUUAUGUUUCGUUAAAAUAAUUGUAGAUAAUAUACUCUUUUUUUUCAACACUCAGUACAUUAUUACACGGAUCGGGUGUUUUAUUACCAAACGGCAGUUAUUAAAUUUCUAGGAAGAUCUGAGAGAAAUUCGAUUUUGGUUUUAUUCAGACGCUAUAAUAAUGUAUAUUCUAUCUUAUUUACAAUAUUUGUGUAUUGAACAAUUCUGUACCGAUUGAUAAAACCGAAAUUAAUGUUACUCAACAUUUUAAUAUCUCCGUACGGAUAAACGCUGGGUCGUGAUAAUUAUACAAUAACCCUGUAUUUUAUAUUAGACGGGGGCAAAUCAAACAAACCAGAUUACCUACAGCUACGUAAUAUACGGAAUUCAUAUUAUUAUUAUCAUUUUUUUUUAUUUUGUGAAAGCAAAAAAUAUCAAUAAUUUUCCCGAUCUUGUGGAUAUAUUAUUAUUACGUGGAAAAUAAUCGCGAUCGGUCUGUAGUUUUUGCACGUUCGCAAUAAUUUAUAUAUGUGUAGCGGAGGAUAAGGUUACACGUAUCUUACGAACUUUCGUAUAAUAUUAUUAUAUUAUAUCGUAUAUAUUAUAUUCUGUCGUGUGAAAUUUAAAAAUAUCUUUUAUACGUAACCAAGUAUAAUAUUAUUUAACACCGUCGAAAAGUGUCCGUGAACGAUGAUUUUAUAAUAUUAUUAUCGACGACGGCGUCGAAACCGUUCUAAUAAUAUUAAAUAAUACGAGUCAAAAAAAUAUCGAUGUGAAAAGCGUUCGUUAAUACGAAGCACGAUGAAUAUUUCAUAGCUUCCAUAGCAACGUAAAUACCGUUUUUUCCAUUUUUUUUUUUCGUCCUGUUAUAUCGUGAAUUUAGCUGUUGUAUAACAAAGGGCGUUUGAUUUGCGAUCGACAAGGCGUGAAAAAUGAACACACGAGUGCCUAUAUACAUACGAUUUUGGGACGAACGACUGAAAUAUCGCCAACCGAGGAAAUUUAUUCGAUUAACGAUAUUAUCACUAACGAGCAAUAUUAUUUAAUUACUUUAUACUGUAACAACCGUAACUUCGGUCACGCCACCGAUACGAUAUAAAUGAACGUUUAAUUUUUUUUUUAUUCAUGGCUACAAAUUAUGACCGUUUAAAUGGCCCACUUUCGGUGUAUCAGAGGAUGAUGUGUUGUUUUUAAAUUGUCGAUGAAUUUGUUUGUGAAACAUACACAAUAUUUCGACUGUUUGCUUUACACGAUCCUCAUCGUGCUAUAAGAAACUAUAGGUUGCGAUUUAAAACGCGAAUUAAUACGUUUUCACCUUUUAAUUAAUACACCCGAAUUUAACAUCCGUGUUCACGUGUUUUAGUGUUAUUCACGCAUUCGCGGAUAUUAAGCGAUCGUUAUGAAGUACCUAGGUAAUACAGUGUGACUCUAAAUAAGGAGAUAACCGGGCUUUACGUAUUUGCCAAUGCCGAAUUCGAGUCGAUAAUCUGAUUAUUAUUAUCUACUUACUGGCUACUAUUAUUACAUUGUAGGAAUCCUGGAUAACUACUUAUUUAUAUUAAAAUACGAGAACACGCGUGUACACGGAUUUAUCAAAUUCACGAUUUUAAAGAAACGAAUGUUAGUUUUACGUAAAGACGUGAAAGCUUGUAAUAGUGGAAUAACGAUGCUAUGCAUAAAACGCGCUAUAACAACAUUAAUGUGCGAAUUUUUCGCAUGUCUCCUUCUUAUUUAAUUAUCGGUCUGUUUUAGUUUAUAUCUCUGAAGUCCGAUGGAACGCUUUGAUAAUUGUCACUGAGCCAUUUUUAUUGGAAUUUAAAAUACAGUAAUCAGAUAUAUUUUUAAUAAAUUCUUUAAUACCGAUAAUUCGAUUGUACGUAAUUAGAAUCCGUUUUGACUUUCUAAUUUAUUUUUACUGACCAGGAUAUGCGUAUAAUAAUAUUUGAGGAGGGAAUUUUAAACCUUAUUAGUAGAAUAUGUAUAAUAUAAAUUGAGUGAGAGAGAAAAAUAUUUUGUAAGUCUUGUAUUCAUAGUGGGUAUCCUGAAAGUUUAGUUAGGCUUAGUUAGUUCUCGGAAUAAAUAGCCCUUUUCGAAUUUUUUCCACUUUAACGACUGGGCAUACCUACUUUUUUUUAUGAGUUUUUUCGUCUUAUCUAAACUCCAUCAACUGUUUAAAUUUUGCAUCUAUCUCCGUCCAGUUUUUAAUUUCCUAAACUUUUUAAAUUUCGUAAAUCCAUCAUUUUAUGGGUCUUUCUAGGCUUUUCUUUUUUAGGGAUUCCAUCCCAUUGUUACCAAACUAUUUCGUUCUCUCUACUCCUAAUUAUUCGGACCUAUCAACUAUAUCCUUUGUCCCUUAUGAAGCUUCCAACUAAUGCGAGUUCGGCCAUUCGUAUAACUGUCUGUUAAAAUUCCUUCACUAGUCCACCAUUGCUUCAUCGAUAGAGAUAUGUUCAUUUAUUUUCUUCCAUAUUGUAUUCUUAAAUGCUUUUAACCUUCUCUCUAUGUGAUUUCUGUUUAAUCGUCGUUGAAGCCUCGCAACUAUAAUUAAAAUCUGGUCUUAUAAUAGUUAUAAACAUGUAAUUCUACUCUAGUGUUUUACAAUGAUUGUGAACUUUAAGAAUUUUAUUAAUGCGUGACGCACAUUUUUUAAACAUUAUUGAAGAAAUAUUUCCUUUGUCCAAUAAUUGUUAGUGUUUAAAAAUACUUACAAAUAUUUAAAACCCUGAUAUUUUCAUGUAUAUCAACAUUAUAUGAUAAAUCGUAAUAAUUAUAAAUGACGUAGCCGAAUAGGGUUUCAGGUGUUUUAUCGUCUUAUUUUUCUUUUUUCAGCUUUAGAGAAGGUUUGAAGGAAAGGUUGUAGACUUCUUAAUCCCCCUAGACUCCCAAAAACCCCCACCUCCAUUGAUAAAUCCUCGGUCCACCCUUUAAUAAUUAUAAUCUAUUCGUAGCUAUAAAGUAAGCACCUAUGCCCUUGUUCCUAACAGAUUAAUUUUUUUUAUCAAAGAUAUUUUUUAAACCGUUCAAAUAAGUCAUAUUUUUGUGAUCACAAACAACAUUAUUUUUUCGAUUAUUCAAUGUGUACUGUGUAUACUCUCCACUAAAAAAAAAGUCCACAAAAGUACGCAGUCAUGUAAUCAGUACUCAAGCGUAUAACCAGUGAUAUUGAAGAAUUUUUUUUUUUGUUUCAUAAACAAAACAAAAUAACAACUUAACAUACUUAUUGAUAAUUCCCAAUAAUCCGUAAAGAUUUCUUAAGCUAAUGCACAGAUAUAUAACUAAAUAGGUAAUCGUUUUAAAAAUAAUCUUCUACACAAUAUUAUUAUAAUUUAUAAAAAAAAAAACUAGGAAAUUAUUUUUAUUAGCGGCUAUAAUGAACCAAAGUAUUGAAAUCUUUUCGUGGAUGGCAAAACAGUUAAAAAAAAUAUGAAUUUUAGUGAUCAUUCAAUUUUAAAAAAAAAAAAAACCCGCUGACAAAUUGUUUAAUAUUUGUGUACAAAAUAUUUUUUUUUUUUUUAUAAUAUGUUAAAAACACUUCAAUGUGAAUGAAAUUCGAGGAUGUAAAAAUUGUAUAUUAUUCGUGAAAAUAUUGUAAACGGUCGGUUAUAAUAUAUAGUGUUAAUACAUCAAUAUUGAACGCAUAUUAUACUCCAAAACGGGUCGGGUUGUAAAUUAUACACAUACGUAUAUACAUACGCCGCCGCCUGUGCAAACUUUUACGUGUCAAAAUUAAGUUUUUAAACCUAAUAACGAUAAAAAUGUGUGAAAAUAAUAAUAAUAAGAAAUAAAAACCCAUGAUGAUUUAUCGAUGUAUAAUUUUAUUAUCCGAUGUUGGUUUUUUUUUUUUUUUUUUUUUUUUUUUUUUUUUUUUUUUUUAUAUUGGAAAUAAAAUUACGAAGUAACGAAUCCAUAGUAGGAAUUAUAUUAUACCCUUGAAGGAUAACCCGCGACGGUGUUUUAUUCUUCAUUUUCAUUUUCUUUAUGGACGUUUGUCUUUAUUUUUUUUUUAUUUUUUUCAACUUAUUGCCAUUGAACGUCCUGUGAUAAAAAAAAAAAACAAAACAAAACAAAAACAAAAAAAAAAAAAUCCAUAAUUUAAACCACCUCUCCCGUAAACUUUAAUAGCGUGGCUCAUAAAUAUUAACAAGCGUUAGAUCAAAACGAAAUUAUACAUUCUCUUUUUGAAAAUAUCGCAGCAAAAAGUCUAUUAAAACCAAUCCAUUUUGUGAUCAAUAUUUUGAAUGCAACGUGACUGACGUACAACAUUAUUUUACCUAUGUAUAUAAACAAAAAACUGUUCGUAAAAUAUAUACACACUUGUGUUUUCCAUAUUAUAAUGAACACUUCACUGUCUAAAAUGUUUAUAUUUUUGUACCAUGCAUGUGAUGCGAGUAGAGUAAUUGGGAAAAGAUAUCCAAUCGAUACAAUAAUCGCCGAAACAUUGUUUUUUUUUUUUUUUUUUAAAUUCGAGUGUAGUGAAGAAGUUAUUCGUUAUACAAAGCUGCGUGUAGUAAAAACACUCCAAAUUUUUCACGACGCACAUUAAGAUGCGGAUUGUUUGAUGGUACAUUAUUUUUAAACAUUUUUCGAAAUUCCCAAUACGUUUUCCAAAAAAUUGGUUUUGUGGUUUUUUUUUUUUAUACCGAUUGUUCGGUUAAGUCGAUGAUUGACAUGUUUUCCCGCAUUAACUACCAGUAGUACUCUGCCCUUCAGUGGUUAUUUAUUUAAAAAAUGUAUUAAAAUUGUUCGCAUUUUUACCCUGUAUAUUUGUUUUGGUUCUUUGAUUGUUGUUGAUUCCUUAACGGCACUAAUCCGAGUUAAAACACGACUAAUACCACUCUGCUCAGGAUUGUUUCGCAAUGACGGAUCGUUGCACAUGGCAUUUAAAUUAAAUCACAUUGUAUAUCCUACCUUUCCAACAAUCACAACUAUCCCCCUACAACAGUGGCUUACCCGCGCGAUCGGUAUCCUUUUUUUUCUUCUUGACAGCUAUGUCGGAAAUGUAUUUGCUUUCUACGCACGAGUAUGCAUAAUUAAUUGAUGUUGUUUUAGUCAAAUAGUUAUAAGCAUUGAAGUAUAUUAUGAAUGUUUUCGAGUCUAUAUACCGUAGAUACUGUGUGCAUAAUAGCGGGCAACUGGUAGUCCUCGAUAUCGAUAUAUGAUAAAAUAUGUUGUCAUUGAGAGUUUACGAUUUGAGGUCGACAUUGACACCCGCCACUGUUUGACGUUUCUUAUAUUACAUCAACGACCAGUCGAUAAACUGCAACCGGUUGAAACUAUAAGAAAUUUACGAAUAUAGGUAAAAAUAAUCACAUUAUUUAAUCCCGACCUCUGGAGUUUUAUCAAAGAUUAUUCGUGCAACACUAUAUAAUUAUAUUAUCUUUUUUGUACAUAAAUAUCCACUUUUAUGGUAUCGUACAUUUAACAGUAGCAAUAUAAUAGCAACAUAAUAAUAUAAAAUUAAUGAAAAUCAAAUCAAAUAAAUUUAACACGAAUCAAAACUAACGUGAUAAUCAACAGCAGUAGGCCAAGUGGUAAUUUGUUAACAGAUAUUGAUGUCUCGGGUAUUAUAAAUCAAUGUUCAGGCUUUUGAUCCAAUGGAUGUAGCCUCCGGACCAAAUAGCAGGAGACAUAUCUUAUGGUGCCUUGAAACGCGUGGAUAGAACAGUCUGAUACAAUAUAACCGACAGGUAGAUAAAUCGCAUCAUCUGGUUGCAUAGACCUGUUCCGAGUCUUUCGGAAACAGAAGCAUUAUUUUCGUAAACCGAUUGAAAAUAGUUACGCUAUAUAAUAUAGAAAAUAUACAAUUUAUUGCAUUUCGGUAAAUAAUUUUUCGAAAUUUUAAGCGCAUGAUCUAAUUGUAUGUGAUUUAUUUUUAAGUUUAUUGCGUUAUUUUACUAAUUCACAACCCUAAAUUAUUUUAUCGAGUUGAUUUAUUCAUAUUCAAACAAAUUGGACUCUAAAUUACUAUUACACAAUAAAAUUGCCUUCGUGAAAAUUUGUACACUGAUAUUUCUAAGGCUUCGAAUUCCUAAGUUCUAAAGUGCUAUCGUUUGUUUGUUUUUUUUUUUUUGCCUUCCCCGUGUUCACCACAAAUUUAAAUAAAAUUAAUAUUCCUGCGGUACCGUACAAUUAUAAUAUUUGUUAGCCACAGUGAAUUGAAUACAAAGCCAUUCUGUUUUAAUUAUAUGUUUAAUUCGUAUCAACGAUUGCGUUUAAAAAUUGUAUAGGUCACGGUGGUACACGUCGGUAUACCUACUUUAUACGUAUUCUGUUUUUUGUAACUAUUGGAGACUAUAGUACAAUAGAAUAGCAGGUAUUCGUAUUUUAUGCAAAUAGAAGCGGAUAAACAAACUACGAGGAAAAUAAAUAAAACGAAUUAAUCAAUUGGACUCGGAAUGGCUGGGUUUGAAAAAUCAUUUUUGAAAUGCAUUAAGUUGUCCGUGCACUUCGCUACAUCCGAGUACAAAUUAUUUUUCUAUGUAAGUAUAAACGAGCGUGGUAAUUUGUAUUGUGUUCGUAUAUUUUGAAAACUCGAGCUAACCGUUUUUGUAAUGGAUGUUCACCAUUGAUUAAUUUGGACCGCGUAUAUUAUACUCACGUAUCAAACCCGAUUUUCAAAGUAGGGUAACGCACAGUAUAUUAUAUCAAAUUUAUGGUUUGUCAUUAUUUCUAAUGUCAAAUCAAAAGUAUAGUUAUAGGUUUUGGAAUACAAUAUAUUAAUUAUAACGAGAUUAAUAUUUUGAAUUUUGCAAACAAUCUAACAGCACAGGCAUACGUCACAUUAAUAACGGUUUUGGUUUCACUACAAUUUAAAAAAUAUGUUUAACAAAAUACCUAACAAUAUAUAAUAGUAUGACAAAUAAUUAUGAAAUUUUGAUUUAAUCUAUUUUUGCUAGCGAGUUAAUAUAAUUUUAAAUUUAAAUUUGUCGAAAAAGAAAAAAAAAAACGUUUAACCGAACUUCACUUAGAAUACUAUAUUCUCUGAAUUUAUCAUAACAGUUCUUAUCUAAUUUUUAAGUACCUAUCCCUAAUUCUUUCUAUACGCAUAUGAUUAUUUUUGAUUAUUGAACGUGUCAUUUUUACAACAAAACCCUUAAACCCUUGAGUAAUUAUUUGAAAAUAUAUAUUAUAGCUAAAUCUAUAGUACCUAUACUUGAACAUGUACAAGUAUUUUAAACUGCAUAAAUUACUAUUUACUAUACAUUUGAACAAUGUGUUUGUUUAGUUACAUUUCAUGUAUUCUGCAAGUGAAUUACCUUCCUUCCUACUUACCUACUUAUAUACUGAGCUGUUUUGAACGAAUCAUUAUAGGUGCUUAUAUUUCUAAAACAUAAUAUACUGUGUAUACAAUUUCAUUUAAAAGCGAAAUGCGGUGGUGAAUACUUUUAUAUUAAAUUACUUUGAAUAUUUUCAUUUAACUUUUCUUCGUAAAAUAUAAGUUUUUUUAAAAACUUUUUAUGCCACUAUUAUAUUAUAUACAUUUAUUUAUAAUCGUAGGAUAUGACCUUUUUAAAAUAAUAAUAAGUAUAUAAAGUGAGAUAAAUAUACUUUAUAUUUGACACUAUUUUUUUUAUAAAGAAAAUGUCAACAUUUUUCAUAAUCUCGUACUUAUAGUAAAUAGAUAAUUUAUGACAAUAUUAUUACACUUACCUUUAAAAAAAAAAAAAAAAACACCGAAAUAAAUAUUAUUUUUCUAACGGAAUAUCGUUUUAUCAACACCGAAGGGCGAUGGUGUUUUGAUUAUGCGAAUGUAAACGAAAAUCGUAUUGAAUGAGACUGAGUACGUAACAUAUGUUGAUAAUAUCAAAACGAUAAAUAAAAUUAUUAUUACGUUCUGCUAAAAGUCGUGUGUUAGCGAGUUUAGUACUUAUGAUAAUAUAUUCGUAUAGAAAGAUGUUUUUUAUUGUUACACACGAUUUAGGAUAUCCAAAUAUUAACUGAAUAAUUUAUUUUCAAAUUUUUUUUUUUUUUCGAGUUAAAAUAAUGUUUGCUUUUAUUCGUUUGGAUAACGAGCGGAAAUAACAAUAUUGCAAUAUUUCGUAUAUUGAGGAAGUAAUAUAAAAAUAGAUUAUCGCAGCGGAACGUACUUAAUAAUUAAUAGGACUGAGCUACCGAAAAAGGGCCUUCCAAAAUAAAGAUAUUCAUAAAUGUGUACAUGUGGAAUGUGACACUGGUUAUAGUUGCGAAACCUGGAUAAUUAACUCAGUUGGAAAAAGUAAACUAACGGCCUUCGAAAAAUUACAAUACUUUAGAAAAAUUAUAAAAAUCCCAAAGAAUUUUAAACAGAACAUAGGAAAACUUAUGGAAAUGUAAUCGAUGUAGACGAGGUGAGGUGAUAAGAUGUUAUAUUACAUUGAUAUAUAAAAACUUACUAAAAUCAAUAAUUAAAUGAGAUUUUGAAGGAUGAGUGAGAAUAUCAAUUGCAGAAUAAUAGGUAAACAUAUAUAUACAUAUAUGUAUUAUCCGAAUCGUAAAUGACACGAAUGGCAAAAAAUACAAAGGUCUAAAAAACUUAUCUACACCAUGGAACUAUAGAAAGCUGCAAUACAAACCAAUCAUGUGAGAUUGUUAACAAGACGAAGAACAUCUUAAAUAAGUCACAACCAAUUGAGAACAGUUAUGUUAAACAUGAAUACGAUUUAAAAUUUAGCAAGCCAUGUCUAUAAUAUAAAUAACCUUCAUUAUCAGAAUUUUUAUUUGUUUGUAAUAAUAUGUCGUUGUAUUUAGUACACACCUACUGUUAUAGAUUAUAUCAUCAAUACCCUACCUGUUUAACAUUAUUAUAAUGAACUGCGGUUUAUUAAAAUGACACGCUAUUAUUAUUUUUUAAUUAUUCGUUUAAUAAAUUCUUUGUAGGUAUUUCAUAAAAAAAAAAAAAUAAUAAUAUAAUAAUAAAAAAUGAAUUAAUAAAAGGAAGUUAAUUACAAAAAUACCGCAGUAUUUUCAAUUUAUAUUUUUUAUAAUUUAUUUUUUUUUUCAAUCACUUGCAGCUUAUGGGUACGUCAUAUUCAUUCAUAAUAUUAUAAUAUAUUAUAAGACAUAGGUACGACAGUCGUACGGGUAGGGAAUGUUAAAAUAAUAAAUAUGUGCCUAAUACCUAAUUAUACGCAAUAAUUCAGAAUAUAUUUACUCACAGUGUAUUAUUUUUUUUAUUUAUUGAAACAAACUAGAAUAUAAUUAUAAUUAUUAUGAUAUUGGCACAUUUUCAUGUCGAGUAAUUCGUUUACACACACGCACAAUUGCUCAAUGAAUUAUUUAAAUACCUCAUUUAACGGUAAAUUGAAUAAUUAUACAUUAUGUUGUAUAAUAGUAUACAACCAUAUAGUACAUAGGAAACGAACGGUACAUUUUCAGCACAAACAUUAAUUUUAAUAUUGACCGUACAAAAAAGUCACUAAACACGUUUUUAAAUAUGCGUACAACAAAUAUAUUACAGUAAUAAUAAUAUUGUCUUUAAUAAUAAAUUCAAGCCAACAAGUUUUCUAGUAUGCAUUUUUCUUUAAAAUAGGUUUGGUCAAUUCAUUGUCCAACUGCAGGCCAUAUUCUAGGUUAAGAAAAUAUUUUCAAUUGUCAUUGAAUUAUAAACAUUUUUUUAUCUAAGCAUUAAUAUUGUUUUAACGAAAAGUUUUGUUGUUUAACGCAUUUCGAUGUUUCGAUGUUUGUAUUUUUAAAUAUUUUAUCGCAUAUAAUAUUUUUUAAUACUAAUUCAAUACGAAUCUAAUACUUAUCUACUUAAGUUAACGAUUUUUAAAUAAAUCCUCUUUAAAUUAGAAUUUUAAAUACUCGAUGUUUUGAAAUAGUCUUGUAUGAUCAUUCGUCCGUUUUAUUUGUAUAAAAUGUUCAAAUUGUUCGACACGAUCAAAAAAAGUGGAUUUUUUCACGAAAUUUAUGUAAAUUUACCAAUUCCAUUCUACUACAUUCAUAAAUCAACUAUAAUUUUGAAUAAUAUUAAAAGUCAACUCCGGUAAUGGUUAAACUGCAUAGUUAGGAACAUCUAUAAUUGUUAAGGCUAAAAAAUGUUAAAGAAUUAGCUUAUGACAGAAAAGAAAGAAUUAUGCGUGCGAAUGAUCUGAAUAGCCUGUUAUAAACCAUAGAAUAAAAAGACAAUAGAAAUUGCAAAGUCCGUGAAGUGAGUGGAAAAACUAAACACUAAUUUUUCUUCAAUAACAAUAUUUAGUACCUAAUAAAUUAGUGUUGGCAAACGGUAAGAUUAGCAAAAUAAAUACUCUGGCCAGUGUCCAGAAUACAAUUACGUGGGGGCUUACUUUUCACCCAGUGACGUAUUUAGGGGUGCCAGAGAGUGCUUGUGCCCCGGGUGACAAUAUUUUAGAGCGGUACAUUUUGGCGAGCAUUUUGAUAUAAUAUUUUAGGUUUUUUAACUGAUUAAACAAAUCAUUUUUUUUGCAUUCUAUGAUACCAAGACAUGGAAAAGUAUAUAAUAUUAUAGUGGUCACUGGUUUAAAUCAUUAACACGUUUAUUUACUCGUAAUCAGUGAUAACGUGCAUAAAUGUGUACAUAUUUUUACAACACUUUUUGGAUAGAAAUCCAGGUUCUAGUAAUCACAAAUAUUAUUAUAUUUUAUACUAUGCUUAAAAUUAUUAUUUUUAUUGUAUUGUAUAGAAUUGGUUUGUAUUUAUAUUAUUUAUUUUUUAAUUGAUUUGUGAAUUGUGAUAGUGAAUUACGUUCAAACUUUCAGAGUGUUUAAUAUUUUUCUGUUCCAUAAUUUUUAAAAAACAGCAUUUCCUAACUUAACAUAUAAUUUUGUACUUUUUAUACAUUUUGUACAAUUUUUAAUAAAUGCACGUUCUACACUUAAGUAUAAUGUAUAAUAUACAUUAUACAUAUAUAAUAUACAUUGUAUAUUGUAUACCAAUGAAUUUAUUUUUAUGUUUACCUAAUAUGCUCUUUAGAUUUCGAGUAUAACGAAGAAUGUAUUAAUUUACGUUUACCUACCCAGUUAUAAUAAAGUUUUUGACCAAAUGAGUGUUUUUUACAAUGGUCUAAAACUAUGCUAAAAACUAAAUAUUAAUAUAAAUAAUUUUCGUAAUUAAAAGUCUUUCAAAAGCAAUGUUAAGAGUUAUUUAGUAUAAAAUUUAUAUUAGUAAAUUUAAUUACUACGUAUUUACUUAUGCUAUAAUUUUCCUUAAUUAUCUUAACCAGUUUUCUAGUUUUAAUAUUGUAUACUAUAUUUUUUAUAUUCUAAUAUCAUUUAUCAUAACAUAUUAUUUUACGUUGGUAUAGUUGUAAUUGGUAAGAAUUGCUCCCACAGCACAAAAUUGUCUUAUAGAGGAUGUUGCAAUUUAAUUAAUGAAUAGUGUCUAUUAAAUCUAUCAUCUGUUUUUUUUUUUUGCAAUUAAUAAUACUAAUAAUAACAAUAACUGAUGUUUUUUACAAAUAUAUUUCCGAAGAAAUUUGGAUUGGGGAGGGACAUUUUGUUUUUCUUACCUGGGGCGCAAAAUAUCUAAACACGUCUCUGCUUUCAUCGCUAACUUUACGUAUCGAGAGGAGUACCAAUACCAUAACUCCUAAUAUUUUUACAAGAUUUAGGUGAUAGUAAACGAUAACAUUUUCUUAGUAUGAUUUUGGGAAAAUCUAAUAUUUUUUCUAGUAUAAUCUAAACCCCUUCCCCUCCUCGUAAGAUUAUCUCAUAACACUGGUACUGCACCCAUUCAGUGAAGUUAGCGAGGAAAGGUAAGCCCACGGUAAAUUUGUAUUAAUUUCAAUUAUUAUCAAUUUCAUAUUUUUUAAAACAGCACAACAAUAAUUAGGGAUGAUUAUGCUGUGGACUUAAUGCACUAAAAAAAACCUUAAAAAAUGCAUUUAAAAUGUCAAAAAUGCAAUAAAAUAUACCCUUAAAAUGCCAAAAAUUGUAGUAUAAAAUGCACUUAAAAUGGUUUUAAUUUGAUUUGUAUAUGUAUAUUGAUAUUAGUAUAAUAUAUGCAUAUACAUUAAUUUAUUUAAUAUAAACGUUGAUUGAAUUUAAAUUUUAAAUUUCAAGUUUAUUCUUUAAUAAUUCUAUCCGUCUUGAACAUUUUUUUAAUUUUUUUUUUUAUAUAUUUAUUUUGUUAAAAAAAAAAAUGUUUUCAAAUAUGCUAACUGACGGAAUUUGAUCAAAAAUACCGGAAAAUGAACUAGGUAGGAAAAUAUGACCUAAAAUGGCAUAAAAAUGACCUAAUAAAUUAAAAACGUUAAAAAAUGCAAAAUAAAAGUUUCAUAAAUGGAUUUGUUAUUACAUAAUUUAAAUUAUGCAAUCACAAAGCUACGUUUUUCAAUCACCAAGAAAAAAAAAACGCAAUUUCCUAUAAAUUCACAGCCCUAGCGAUGACAAAAACUCUUGGAAGUCUUGGUUUAAAUUUUAUGUCAUAAACUCGUAACAUUUCAACGUAAAAGGUUUUGCGUGAAAAAAAGAAAAGAAAAUGUCGAGUUCUUUGAGUGGAAUUCUGAUUUAUAUAAUUUAUUAUUAAGUAAUUUUUAGAAUUAAAAUAUUUAAUAUUUGUCAGACAUUAUAUUUUGAUUUAUAUUCUAAUCAUCCCCAGAAAUAAAAUAAAAAUCACAAGGCGACAUUUUUUUUUUCUUUUCUGAAAGCAAAAGUUUUUUUUUUAAUUUCAAAAUGUGAUUGUGAUUUAUUAUUUAGUAAAUGAGUUUCGCUUAUAGAACUUAUUUUUUCAUUGUUAUAAUAAUAAAAUAAAAUAAUAAAAUGUAACGUAUAUAGUUAACACUUCUCGGACGAGGAGAUCUACUCGACUUUUUAAAUACAUCCGAGUUUUUUCACAUCUACAUGCAACUACCUAUAACGAGUUCAAAAGUAAAUUUAAUUAUUUAAAAAUUAAAAAAAAAAUACUAAAUACAAUGUAUAAAUGUAUAGUUCUGAAAUAAAAGAAUUAAAAGCACGUAUAGUAACUGUUGAUUUAUUUAUAUUCAUUGUACACGUAUUAUUUUUUUUAAACGUAUUUUCAGUUUAACACAUUUUCGAAGGAAACAUCAAUUAAUUGAUUAGUUCGUUAUGUCUACCAGCAAAUAUUCAAUUUCUGAACAGGUACUGACACUGUGCUAUUCGUAAGCGUAAUUCAGAAGCCAACGAACUCCCGACAGAUAUUACGAUUUAUCAUCCGGCUAUUGUCAUUUAAAUACCUACAAACAAAAUACAAAAGGUCAAACACGGAAUGACCAUAGGUGUAAUAAUUUCACCAGCAGCGGAUAGUAAUUAUUAAUGAACGUGUACUGGACUUAGUUUUAGACAACGUUGUAAGAAGUAUUUGGUACUAUACAAUAUCCGUAAUCAUUAAAUUAUUAAAACAUUAGUCGACGCGGUCGGAAUUGUUAUUUCGAUUAAGAUUGUGAUAUUUCAUUGUACUGUAUAGUUUCACGGUGUUUUUAGUAACAAUACUAGAAUAUUAUUCAAAUUUACCACUCUAUUACUGCAUAUAAAAAUAAAACUCGUACAAAUCGAACGUUAAAUAUAAUAAUUCCGAUAAAACGUGUAUUGAGAUAUUUAUUAAUUAAUUAUAUUAUUUGUUAAUAAAUUAACGAAAACAACCGAUAAAUGGAUACUGGGAACAGAUGUGGCACUGUUGUGGGUGGAAAGUUGAAAACGUAGGGUACAUAAAGAAAUGUAAUUUAUAUCCAUGAAUAACGAUAAACAAUUGCUAACGAAAACCUUUAACGAACAAAAAGGUCUCUUGUUUUAUUUUGGUUGAAGCAAGAUUUUUAGAAGACAACAAAAAUUAUAAAAAUGUAAAAUUGUGAAAUCGUUACAACGUAAAUAUUUGUCUGCUUAUCUCUACGUUUUCCUGGUUAUUCACAUUCAUUAUGAAAACCGCUUAGAAAAUCAAGAAAUAACCUUCUAAAUAUCGAAUUAGACAAAAAUUGUCUUUCUUGCUACACUUUUUACAUCGGAGCAAGAUUUCUGGUAGUAAAUGUGUAGACAGUAUAUAUAUAAAAACCACCAUUGUAGAACCAAUACAUUCCUCGUUACGCUCCAAAUCUAAAAAAUGAGUGCGAUUAGAUAGUUAAAUACGCGAGAGAAUAGAUAAGGAUAAUCGACCAUCAAUAACGUUCUGUUUAAUAUCUAUUUAUUUUCUCGUAAUUACUGUUUGAUUAUUUUUUUCGUGAACCGGCAUUUCGAGUAUUUUAAGUAUUCGAACAUUGGCAUUUGGCCUUUCUGGUCGUCAGUUCCGUUUUUAAAUUUGUUCCUUCCACGCAUCUUAAACAUACAAUCAGUAGUAUUUUUCGAUUUUCAUAUCUAGUAUUAGACGAUCAAUCUACAUGAUUUAUGUAGAAAUAAAAAUUAGUCAAAUUCGAAACUAACGAAAUAAUACAAUUAUUUAAUUAUCAGCCGCGAUAAUAUUAUAUUAAUACAUAAUUGUGUAGAAACGUUUUCCGGACAAAAUGUAUGUACGUAUAUAUUUUUUGAAAUACAUUUUCUCAUUUCUGAGAUGAAAAAAAAAAAUAAAUACAGGACGAUACGCAAAAACAAAAAAUGAAUAUUUAUAUAGCGUUUAACGAAAUAUAUAGGGGUCACGUUUGGAAAAUAAUGUAAAUAGAACUCUAUAGCUAAAAUGGUUUAUAAAUGACUAAAAAAAAAAAAAAAGAUAAACCAAAUUAUUUUUACAUUAAAUUUUUGAAGAUAAUAUAUCGUCGGUUUAAAAUAACAUAAAAAGCAGUCCUGUUUAGCACAGAUAUUGGUCGGGGGAAAAAAGGUUGAACGUUACACGUUUUUUUUUUUUUUUUUGUUUUAUAUAUAUAUAUAUAAGGGUUUGAAGUAAAAAUUUCAACGAAAAUACCAAAAUUCGCAGUGAUUUAUAUAUUGGUUGCUCGAUAAAAAUUUAACAAAAAAAAAAUCGAAUCGCAACGAAUUUUACUGUUAAAUUGUUUGGUCGAUCGCACACGAGUUCCUGUUACACCUAUACGAACGUUAUAACAUUACGUGGCCGAAUUUCUAUUUGACUACAACGUGAAACUCUCCCGUGCAACAUAUUUGUUUAAUAUUGUAAAAUCAUUUUGUGUCAUGGUAAUAACAUUAUUACCAACGAUAGUUACCAAUACCCGCAGGGCCGGCCCGAUGCGGUAGCUAAUUAGGCGGUCGCAUAGGGUGGCAAAUUUCGAGUGCGCCGAAUCGAUUCAGUUAUUAUACUAUCUAGAAUAGAGAAAUGUACGUCCAUUGUUCAACAAAUACAAAAAAAAAAAAUAAAUAUCUAAUAUUAUAGGUGUUGUAAUAAUAUGAUUUCGUUUACCCGCGGACGCGCCGUAAUCGUAACGCUGUACGCACAAGAAAAGGCUUGCGAAAUAAAUUUUAAUUAAUGGAUUUUCAAUUUUCUCGAUGCAUAAUCCAAUACUUAUUGUCAAUUAACGAUAACAUACAGUUUAAAAACCAUUCAGUAAUAAUUUUAUUUAAUACAAUUUUUAGUCGUAAAUUUCAGAAGCGUUGUGUAUAAUCUGAAUACUUUUUUUUUAAUUUAUUCGAAUAGAUAUUCCGAAUUAAAAAUAAUAGUUUUCUUUGCAAUUAAACGAUAUUAUUAUAUGUGUGUGUGUGUGUUAUACGGGGCGGAUUUUUUUUUAAUCCAUUUCCAACGAAUUCCCGGCGGAUUAUUUUAAAUAAAUUUGAUUUCAGCGGUUUUUUUUUCCGAUUUCAUUAAUAUUUUGUAUACAGGACCAAUUUAAACUUUACUUUAACACGCCUUACAAAUAGUUACCGCAAAUCCGUUCACUUUCGAAUCUGAUUUUAAAAACGGGGUUAUUCUAGGAAAAUCAAAAGAUGAUGUUUACGGAAUGUUUACGCAUCAUGAUUUAAAAAAAAAAACUGUAUAUAAAAUCAUAACCAAACGUUUUAAUUCGCAAACUCCAUAAAUAAUGGAUGAAUCGUGAUAAAAUAAAAAAAAUCAACCGUGUACAGUUUUUCAGCAGAGGCAUAAGUACUUAAUAAAUAUAUUUAUUUUUUUUAUAGAAAAUUAUUUUACUUGAAACUGCACGAUAUUAGGUUAGGUUAUUCAAAAAUAUUUUAUAAUCGGCGUAUAAAAUAUUUCCUAUUUGUUUCGUUUAUUCCUUUUAAUUUUACACCGGUAUUGUAAACAAAAACUAUUGCUUAUAUUUAUUACGGUCAAUUUAUUUUAAUUUUUUUUUUUUUUAUACGAUAAAAUGUUCUAAGUAUGUAAACCGAUUUCACCACUUCGUUUAUUCGCUUGUUUCAACUUUACAAGUAACCAGCUUACGAUAAAACCAAUUAUACAUUAUUACAUUGUAUGUAAAAAUACCGCAACCAAUGAAAAAAAAUAAAAAAGCUAAUACUGCUAACGGGUGUACCAUUGUCAUUGGACGAAAAUCGGGACUGUAAGAUUUAUUAUAGAGUAAUUCAAUUUACAUGUAUGCCUACACACCUACACAAAACAAUAACGAUCGAUUUUCGUUUAAGCACGUUUUAAAAUGCCGUGAUUUUUACAGCAUUAUUAUUAUUAUUAGUAUUGAAAUUUAAAAGUUAAAUGCUUUAAAAAAAAAUUCUGUUUACGAUUUUUUAUGUUUUUGAGAAAAUCGUAUGAUGUAUCUGAUGUAUAUGUACAUGUUAUGUAUUUAUAAAUAACUCAAAAAUAUCAAAACAUUUUGAAAAUGUAUUUUUCAGCUUCUAGAAAAUGUCAUUUUAAUUAUUUAUUGAAAUUUUUCGGUCUCUAUAGUUAUUUUAAAAAAAAAGACAAAACCGAAAAUAAAACGUUAUUGACGUGAAUUUUCUCAAUUUUUCAACGUUUUUUUCUACGGUUUUUCCAAAUAUUUCAAUAAUUUCAAGAAAAAUCAAAAGAUGAUCUACUAUAUGCUUUAAUUAUUUGAAGCAAGAUUUCUCGUAUAAAAGCUAUUUACAAAAAAAAAAAAAAAAAAAAAAAUUAAAAAUCGUAGUAAAACCAAUACAUCUCUAAGCUAUUAAAAUCCGUAACUUUUUUAUUAUAGAAUUAAAAAAUCACAAGUAGAAUCGAUCGAUGGAAAAAAAAAGUUUAAAUUAUAUUUAUAUAUUAUUAUUAAAUAUGGUAUAUUAAUUAUAGUUAAAAUAAUUAAAUUAAUAUUAUAGUAUGUAUAUAGACUACAUAUACAGAUGUAUAUAGACUGGAGUUAUUAGGUGAACUGUGAAAUACCAUAAAAUGCAUUCACUUGUUCGUGUGUUUUACGUUAUUUUUUAUUUUUCACGUAUUUGUACGUAUUCACAUGCAUACGUAAAUAACACUAGUUCAAUACUAGUUCUUCACUAGUGUUAAUAAUUAGAUAAGUAUAGCAAAAAAGAAAAACUUUUGUGUGCCAUUGAUGGAUUUAAAGUUCGGUUACACAAGGGCCCGGGACACAGUUAAUAAUUAACGCAUGGUUAGGAUAUAAGAUAAUAAACAAAAUCGUGGCGGUCAAUUUCUCGUUUUUUAAUCAAUAUUACCAUGCCAAAAAAAAAAAAAAAAACAAUAUUUUUAUACGUCCAAUAGUAAUAUUGUCAUCUAGAGACCAUCAGCCGUUGGCUGUACUGCAGGCAACGUUCAAAUGUACGGCAUACGUUUCUACGUUUUACCUCUUAUUUAUCCUUACGGUCCCUUUCUCUCCAAAUAGUUUCCCUGUAAGACAAGUUGGUUUUUGUAAUUUUGAUAAAAUCUUCUCGCCAGUAUCAUCGAUUCCCCUAAACUUGGUUUUCCCCCGAUUUAUUUCAGAUUCCCUCCUCGAAAUCAAACGACAUCUCGUUUUCCGUUCUACAUUCAUUUUUUCCCCUCCGACUAUCUAUCAUCCAUUUACACGUUCUACGCUACUCGCCAAAUACGAGGACUCCGGUUUUCUCGUUUGAAUUUUAAUGUAAUAAUUUUAAGCACUCUCUUUAAACGUGCGUCCGCAUGCUGAAAACUUUAAUCUCUAACAACAAUCACACGAAACUUAACACAAGUCUCCUCAAAAACAUAUAUUUAACCAAGCUAAUGCGGACUUAUGAACUUUAGUUACAGAUCGAUGCUAAAAAAUUUAAUUUAAACGAAAUUCGAACCUUUCAAAGUAUUUUCCUUCGCCAAAUCACCAACACCCCUCCAUAUUUCGCUAAUCCAACACUCCACACAGAUCUAAAAAUUAAAACUGUGCAUGAAGAAGCGGUAUCAUUUUAUUAAAGAUUCUACUCUAAAUAUUUUCCCAUUGGUCACAACCUCUUUAUAUCUAAUCCAGCCAUACCCACAAUUCUCGGUAACCCUCAAAGACGGCACAAAAGAAAUUGGUGCCGUGAUCUUCAAAAUAGUAAUUGAAAUAUAAAUAACAAAAGAGGUAGUGCCUUUGAAUACAUUUUCCACCGAGUGAUUUUCUCUCUUCAAAAAUUUCACCUGCUGUGCAUUUAUCAUAUAUUAUAUUAUUAUUUGUCAAAAAGGUACAGAUUGUAUAUUUCGUUUGUAUUUUAAUGUAUAUAAAAAAAAAUGUUUUAUAAUAGCUCAUAUUUUAGUCCAAGUACUGUCCAGCUAUUAAUAUAAAAUAACCAUUAUUUAUAUUCUUAUUAUUGUUUUUUUUAUUUUUUCAGUGACUUCUCCAAAUUCCGGAUGCCAGUUGACGUGUACCGGGAAACCGUAUUCAACAGUGAUCACUGCAGCAGUUCUAUUGUGGAAUGUGCUUAGAUAG